AUGGAGUCAUUUGGUGCUACACUUCUGCUGCUAGGACUGGUGCUGACCAUCAUGUGGGUGGUGGAACUGUGUGACGGCGCAUGGAGUGCCGAGUUCAUCGCGCACUGCGAGGCAAACGCGGAUGUCGUUUGUCCUGGCAUCUCUGGUGACGAUUGCUUCGGGUGGGAUGACGGUCCCUACCUGGAAUGUGAAUUGGCAUCCCGUCCUAUGCGCCAUAACAGUGCCGCAUUGAGUUCAACGCCUCGUUGUGAAAGUGAUCUCGCAGUUUUCGCUGACGCCCGCACAGGGGGUGAUCCAGGCAGUAUUGGGGUUUUGCCAUGCUCAGCAGACCCUGUGUGGGCGACCUGCUCCUGCGUAAACGUUCACGUGGACAAAAAAGAAAAAAAAAACAAGAACAACACGUGCGCACAAUUUCUGUAG